AUGGCGACCGUGUUACCCCCUCCGAGCAAAAAACAAAAACGCGAAAUCGCGGAGAGGGCUCGAGAACAACAAGAAAUCGAAGUUAUUCCUCGAAAUCUCGGUAGCGUUGUGCUUCAAUUCAUCGAUGAGUCUACCGGAACGCCCACCAAGGGCGAAAUCAAGGUCCCUGUUGCCAACACUAGCGUACGAGAGCUUGAGACUAUUCUCAAUACCAUACUGAAUAAUACGGAGCAUGACCGGGUUCCUUACAGAUUCGCCUAUAAAUCAGAGAACGAAGAUGGACCAACGAUCGAUAUUAUGUCCGAUUUGUACGACGCCUUAAUCAAACCCGGCCUAAAAACUACAGAAGAUGUUAUCCGCCUCCACUACACCCCGCAAGCUGUUUUCAAAGUGAAAGCAGUCUCAAGAUGCUCCGCAGCCAUAGCCGGACAUGGCUCCGCUAUCUUGGCUAUAGCAUUCUCCCCCGUAUCGUCGUCGACGAUGGUUACAGGCAGUGGUGAUAAUACGGCAAGGAUAUUUGACUGCGAUACCGGUACACCCAUUGAGACGCUGAAAGGCCACACCGAUUGGGUUUUGGCAGUUUCAUUUUCUCCAAAUGGUCAGAUGAUAGCGACGGGUAGUAAAGAUAAAACUGUGCGACUUUGGUCUUCAUCCAAAGGAAAACCAUUGGGCACACUCAAGGGUCAUAGUCGCUGGAUCAACAGCUUAUCAUGGGAACCGUACCAUACACAAGAGGCCGGUCGACCGCGGUUAGCGUCAGCGUCGAAGGAUACAACAGUGAGGAUAUGGGAUGUUGUCAAUAAGCGAAUCGAAAUGGUUCUAAGCCACAAGGACUCUGUAACUUGUGUGCGUUGGGGCGGAAUUGGAAAGAUUUACACCGCGUCCUUGGAUAAGGCUGUCCGAGUAUGGUCUGCUAAGGAUGGUACUCUGAUUACCGCUCUGAAUGCUCAUACACACAGAGUCAACCAUCUCGCGCUAUCAACCGAUUUCGUGUUACGAACCGCAUUCCAUGACCACACGCAUAAGAUUCCCGAAACGGAAGCCGAGAAAGUGGAGGUGGCCAAAAAGCGAUUUGAAAAGGCUGCUACUGUCCACGGUAAAAUCACGGAGAGGCUUGUAUCAGCUAGUGAUGAUUUUACGAUGUAUCUUUGGGAUCCGGAAAGCUCGACGAAACCUGUUGCGAGGAUGUUGGGUCACCAAAAGGCUGUGAAUCACGUUACAUUUUCUCCUGAUGGAGCUUAUAUUGCAAGUGCAGCAUUUGAUAACCACGUCAAACUUUGGAAUGCUCGAGAUGGAAAAUUCAUCAACACCCUUCGAGGACAUGUAGCAGCAGUCUAUCAAUGCUGCUUCUCCGCCGAUUCCCGUUUACUUGUCAGUUCGUCUCAAGAUAGCACACUCAAAAUCUUUGAUGUUCGCACUGGAAAGCUAGUCAUGGAUUUACCAGGUCACGAGGAUCAAGUCUUUGCUGUAGACUGGUCACCAGACGGGGAGAGAGUUGGCAGCGGAGGUGCCGAUAAAAAAGUUAGAAUCUGGCGACAUUGA